AAAUAUUUUAAAUUAGCUGAGAUAUAAAAGUGUCCAGGAAGUUGUUUAUAAAAUCAGAGUUACUAUCAUGUCUGAUUCAAGCGAAAUGUUUUCACUCUCUAUUAAUGAGUUACAAAAAAGAUGGCUUGAAAUUGGACCUUUUAACAAAAUUUUGCCCACAUUUUUUGCAGAAGUAGUUGAAACUAAUCAUAUAUUGUUUGAAGAAGUUGCAAUUGUUGUUGCUAUUACACUUGCAUUUACAUUUCAUAGAUAUUUUCUUACUAUUUUAUUCUUGAAACCCAUUUCUAAGUUUCUUGAUUUUAAUGCUAAAAACGAACUCAAGUUUUGUGAAAGCUGUUGCAAGUUGUUAUAUUACAGUUGUUUUUUUGUCUGGGAGUAUUACACUGUAAAUAUUUUAUAUCCAGAACUUCGUUACAGUACUAAAGCUCAUUGGGAAGGAUGGCAUAAAGACAUGGAUAUUCCUAACCCAAUAAAAUACUUGUACUUUCUUGAAGCUGGUUUUUAUUUUCACUCAAUCUUUGCCACUGUAUUCAUGGAUGUUUGGAAAAAGGAUUCAAUCGCAAUGAUCAUUCACCAUAUUUUAGCUAAUACAUUGAUUAUUUUUUCCAUGUCAACAAGGUACCAUUGUAUUGGUCUAAUUGUUAUGUACUUGCAUGAUCCUGCAGAUAUUGCUCUAGAAGGAUCCAAACUUGUGAUAUGCUUCAAUAGCAAAAAACAAUCAAGUGUUUUGGAAAUCAUUUCAAGUAUUGGGUUUCUUAUUUUUACAUGGGCUUGGUUCUACUUUCGUUUAUGGGUAUUUCCACAACUGGUCCUCUUCUCAAGCUUAUAUACUGGUUUUGUUGGUACAACUCGUCCGUUUUAUUUCCCAUUUAACAUCAUGCUUUUUAUGCUUUUUAUUUUGAAUGUCUACUGGUUCCAUUUUAUCGUUGCACUAAUCGUGCGUAUUGCACUGGGUAAAAGUAACUGUGUUGAUGAUGUCCGUGAAUAUGAAGAUGGCUCUCUAAAGAAGAAAAAUUAAUAUCCUUUUUUGUUGCGUUUAGCUAUUGUUUUUAUAUAGAAAAUUAUAUGCUUUAGAAAAAAUAUAAAAAAUAAAACUUUGUUAGGUUUUUCAAAAUAACCAUUUGAAUAUUAAAGCGUUUUGUGCUGCUUUUUCCCUAAAAGUAUUUUGAUUUAAAGAAAAAAAGAAAAUGCAGCCAGCUGGCACUUGAAGGUGGAUGCUUUUAAUAUUUUUAUGCGUAUUUUGAAUGUCCAACAAUUUUUUAUUAACUUUUUUUUUUUUUUUUUUUUUUUGUUGAUGUUUAAUAAAAUCAAAUUUUCUUAUUUGAUAAACAAAAUUCGUUUUAAAAUUUGUAUUUUUCAUGAUUUGCGGUUUCUGUUAGCAACUAAAAAAAUCAAAUAAUUUAUUUAAAAUAUUUUACUGUUAUUUUACUCUCGCUUCGAGUUUCACGUCCUUUAUGCGUCGUUAUUUUAUCUUUAUACGUCAGCUUUUACGUCAGCUUUUACGAUUCGAUUUUACUCAUCAGUUUGAACAUAAAUGAAGUUUAAAUGUAUUUAUUUUUUCUGUUUACGUUUUUUAAAUCUUCUUAUCUGUCGUUUUUUAAUUAGCAAAAAUAUAUUUAAUAAUUAGGCCAAUUUAAAUUAAAUAGGUACGUAAUUGUUCAACAAACAGCAAUACUAAUUAAAAGUUACUUGUAGUAAUAUAUAGAAACUAGUUGUUUUUUAAUAUUUCUUAUUUUUAUUUUGUUUAUUUUUUGGUUUAGUUUUAUUAUGCAACGACAAUGUAAAGUUUAUAAUUUAAUAAUACUCUCUAAAUUGCUUAUAUUAUGUACUUAAUUGGCAAUAAAUACUUUCUAUAUCGUUUA